CGCCAACCUGUGGCCAUGGGCGCUCCACCACGCACCACCACCACCCCGUCCCCCUCCUCCUCCUCAAACCCACCCCCAUCUCGCUCGCCUCGUCCCCACUCCCCUCCCGUCCCUAUGGCGGCCGUUACCACAGCCACCGCCGGCGCGUCCUCCUCCUCCUUCCUCCACCGCCGAAGCCCCGCCCACUGCCCGCGCGCCACGCUCCGCGCCGCGGCGUGGCACUCCCGCCACCCCAGCUCCAGCUCCAGGCUCGCCUGCCGCGCCGCCGAGGUGUCCGGGGCCGAGCCGUCCGCGCCGGCGGCGGAGGGCCCGGGAGGAGGCAGGGGCGCGUCGUGGGUGCCGGUGGUGCCGCUCGCCGCGCUGCCCCGCGGGGAGCGCCGCGUGAUCGUGCAGGACGGGGAGGAGAUCCUGCUGCUCUGGUACAAGGACCAGGUCUUCGCCAUCGAGAACCGAUCGCCAGCGGAGGGCGCCUACACUGAGGGCCUCCUCAACGCCAAGCUCACGCAGGAUGGGUGCAUUGUUUGCCCAUCAACAGACAGUACAUUUGACCUUCGCACUGGGGAAAUAAAAGAAUGGUAUCCCAAAAACCCUGUCCUAAGGGCUCUUACGCCGGCUUUGAGGAAACUAUUCACUUACCGUGUGAAAACAGAUGACGAAAACAUAUACAUUAGCAUCAGUGGGUCUGAUAGUGUAGGAUCAGCAGAGAUUAUAUUCAGCGGGAAAGCUCAACCUGGCGUUACUGCAUCGGAUGUCAAUGUGGAAGAGGUGAGAAUGAUAGUCGACGAGGAUGUUGGAGGUUUUGGUUUCACCAGCGAGAAUGAACUGAUCAAUGGAAAAGCCGCUAUAAUCGGCUUUCUCUUGUUGAUAGAUUUCGAGCUUUUAACUGGCAAGGGCCUCCUCAAGGGGACUGGUUUCUUGGACUUCAUCUAUGCAGUUUCGGGAGCUUUCAACUGAUAACUAUGUUUGUUCCUUUGUAUCAGAGUGCCUUCAAAGGUACUUGUCUACUUGACUACCCUUAGAAGCCUAGGUUUUGUCAGCGUAUAGUUGAGUUGCAUGAGAGCAGUUGUGCUUGUAAUUGAACACCAUGCUUGCCUGUAAAGUGAGGAACACGAGAGUUAUUGCUGAAUGUUUUUUUGUUUAAUCUUGAUUCUCUAUAAAAUGGGUUUCGUGUCAA